AUGAAAAGAAUAUUUAAAUAUGCAUCAGAUUUACAUCUAGAGAAGCUUACUACAUUAUCAAGUGUUAAAGAUCUCUUUGAAUUUGAAAAGGAACCUAACACUCGCUAUUUCUUGGCAAUACCAGGUGAUAUCGGUAACUUUGAUAUGCUAGACAAGUUCUUUGCCAAACUAUCGCAAGUCUAUGAGAGAGUUUUCUACGUGCCUGGUAACCAUGAAUAUCACUAUCGAUACCACAGUCAAACUAUUCUGACAAUGGACCAGAUCUCACAGAGCCUAAAGCAAAUCUGUGAUAAAUAUCCAAAUAUCACCUAUUUGAAUAACGGGUAUUACCAAUUGGAUGAAUACAGAAUAAUCGGUAGUACUUUCUGGACCAAGGUUAAAGAGCAUGAAGCCGACAAAAUAUCGGAUUCAUGGUGUGACUACUUUGGAAUUUUCAUAGACGAUGAAAAAGAAAAGAAAAGACAGUUGCAUGCCAAAGACUCUACAAAGAUACAUGAGGAAUCUGUACAAUAUAUUUUAGAGUUACUUAAAUCGACACCAGAGGGUGAAAAGAAUGUUAUUCUUACACAUCAUGCACCUCUGUAUAGUGACAAGUCAAAAGGAAGGUAUACAUCGAAUCCAGAUCACAUUGGAUCGUCGAUAACCAAUGUAUUUCAAAGCGAUCAGCGAUCACUAAUGGUUAAAGAACACAACAUCAAAGCAUGGAUAUUUGGACACACCCACUAUUGCACAAAAUUCACCUAUAACAAUGUAUUGGUUGCUUCUAAUCAACUCGGAUAUCAAUAUAAAGAUGUAACUAGUGGACAGGAUAUAGAAUUUGAACUAUCAUUGGCUAUCAAUAGAACAUCUACAACAUUAGAUAAAUUAGAAGCACAAAAAGAUGAACAAACUAAAAAGCUACAAUUAAUGGAGAAAACAUUAUCGGAUCUAUCAAAGUAUGAAUUGAGUGAUCAACAAAAACAAAGAAGAGAUACAUUGGAGAAACAGCUGAAUGAAGUCGUUAAGAAACAGCUGAAGGAUACAGAGUUGGAGAUUGACGAACUCACGAGAAAACUAUUGGCGCUCUACAACAAGAGAGACAUCAUCGCUCAGAAGAAGGUCAAUGCUCAAGAUGGAAUAGAAGGUGCGAUAUCACUGCCACUAGCAAAUUCACAGGAUAUCAGAUUGGAUAGUUUAGAUGGUGAACAAAUGGUUGGUGCAGAUUCAAUUAAAACAACCGAAACGACAACAACAACAACUACCUCUCCAACUCCUACACCUACUUUUAUAACAACAGAUCAAACUAUAACCAACAAUGAAGAUGAUGAUUUAACAAAUAGUAUAGCAAGUCAUUCAAAUAGUAUAGUAUAA